AUGAAUUUUCCAAGUGUCGUGGCUACCGAAAGUGGACCAGGCGGUCAUCCAGGUGCAUUACAACCACAGGUUGGACCAGAUGGUGAACCAAUUGGAGGACCUAGAACACCACAACAGAUUGCUGCUCAGAAAAGGUUACAGCAAACUCAAGCCCAAGUCGAUGAGGUAGUUGAUAUAAUGAAAACAAAUGUAGAAAAAGUAUUGGAAAGAGAUCAGAAACUUUCCGAACUCGAUGACAGAGCUGAUGCUUUGCAACAGGGAGCAUCACAAUUCGAACAACAAGCAGGAAAAUUAAAACGAAAAUUUUGGUUACAAAAUUUGAAAAUGAUGAUCAUAAUGGGUGUCAUCGGUUUGGUUAUUUUGGCUAUUAUCAUAGAUUUCAAGCAAGAAAUUCAUUUGAAAAUCAUUUUAAAUUCAUUUAAUUAA